AUGUUGUUUGCGCAUCCUGAAGAAGAUAUCAAUAAUUUUAACGAUUUGUCGGGUCAAAGUGAAUGCACGUCUAAAGCUUUGAAGGACAUAGAGUCGAGUAUGAGUGGAGUUCUGGAAUCCCCCGGGACAAGCAAAGAAAGUUACGCGUGCCACUUAUGUUCUUUUAAUGCGGAUCGGAUAACAGUUUUGGAUAGACAUUUACUAAAUGAUCAUAAAAUAGGUCUAGAAAAUCUUCUUAAACUAGUAAUGUCUAAAACUAAAGAUGGCUUAUCAGAAGAAAAUUCUACACAAAUGUAUGGAAUACGACAACCCUAUUACAAACAAACAGAUGAAAUAUAUGAAAAUGGCGAAUUGGUAAUAGAAACGGUUACCCCAAAAAUAAAAAAAAUUAAGCACACUGCUAGCAACACUGAUUUAAAGUGGACAGAGAUACCAGACUCCAAAAUUGAUCCUCCGCUGGAAAAUGAUAAAAAUAUGUUAUUAUCUAAAAUAGAGAUUUUAAAUGAGUGCAUGUGUAAGUUUGUUGAUUCGUCAAAUACCUUAAAAAAGGUUCUGACAAAGGAGUUUGAUCAAAACACUUUAAGAAAUCAAUCAGAAUUUGCUUUGGGUUUAGGCGAUCAAGAAUCACCAAGAGAUUGGGAGAGGGCUCAUAGUGAGAAAUUGGAAAGAAAUAGAACAAAACAUCAAGAAAAUAGG